AGCAUCGUGAGAAUGACCCUGUUUGGAGCCAGAGAGACGGAGAAGCUGCUUCUUUAGCCCCUCAGCCUAGGGCGGCCGGGGCGCGCGGGCAGCGCACACAUCUGGGAAGAACGUUGGGCGUUGCGACUUUGAAAUCGGAUUCGUGGAUUCCGUGGAUGAAUCGUCUGCGGAAAGCGGCGCGCGCGGUGGGGUCAGUCUUGCCGGCGCAUUUGAGGGUCGAGCUUUUCGUUGUGACGGAAGCCCGGGAACACUCCCCAGUGGCCGGGGGUUGGCAGGCGUCGGCGGCCCUGAGGGAAACGGGUGUCACUGUGGGCUGAAAUGGCGCGCUGCUGCGCUCCCCCUUCCAAGUGGGGGAAGAGCUGUCAGCCCCCAGCCCUGCGUGCGUCAUUUACCCUUUUCUGAGCUCCGCUUCCCUCUGGAACACGGAGGCGGCUUUUCGCUCCUUCUCGGCUCUCAGUAGCUCAGAGGGGGAAGGACGCUCAGGGACCGCCUUAGUCUGGCGGCGGCUUCUUCCAAAGCGGGACGCCGAGGCCCAGAGAGGAGCCCCCGGACCGCUGUGCCCGGGCUCCAACCUUCCUGGGGCGGCUGCUGCGCCCGCACAGGGGCUUGGAGAAGAGAGCGCACGGAUGUGCCCCCCGGGUACGCUUCGGAGCCGCUUCCUCACCUGUCCGGGGCCGGCCUCCUUGGGGGAGGGGAAGUGGCUUCUGACUCUCACGCGCGCCCGUGAAAGCUUAGGCAGGGCCGGGGUUGCGGUUAGGCCUUGGCUUCGUGCUGGGAGCACCGAAUGGCCCUACGGCGGCUGGACAGAACUGACUUCUACGGGGAAGGGAGUGGUUUGAGGUACAGCCCCGCAGAUUGCCGCGGGCAGAGCCCCACGCCCCAGAGACGCGCGGGCUGUCAGUCCGCCGUCCUUUGUCGUCGCGUUCGCCCUGGUCGGGGCCCGUCUUACUCGGGGAUUUGGGGAUGCCUUAGAGUCAUUGAAAGGGCGAAGCUAUUUUUCUGGUUGGGCACCUUGAACUUUGGAUGGACCUUGCUUGCUCUUACAGACACUGUUCUGUAUUCUGAACUAACGGUGAACGGAAGUGGCUCAGAAAUCCAAGAAGGAUUUUUACUAGGAGAGGUAAGACAAGAGGAGACAUUUAGCAUCAGUGAUUCACAGAUCAGCAACACUGAAUUUCUGCAAGUAAUAGAAAUCCAUAAUCAUGAGCCUUGUCCAAAGCUUUUUAGCUUUUAUGACUAUGCUGGGAAAGUUAAUGAAGAGAGUUUAGACAGACUUCUUAAAGAUCGAAGAAAGAACGUUAUCGGGUGGUACCGAUUCAGGAGGAACACUCAGCAGCAGAUGUCCUACAGAGAGCAGAUCCUCCAUAAACAGCUGACACACAUUCUUGGAGCACCUGAUUUAGUCUUCCUCCUCGUCAGCUUCAUUUCCACUGCAAAUAAUUCCACUCAUGCUUUAGAAUACGUACUUUUUAGACCAAAUCGAAGGUAUAAUCAAAGGGUAUCACUUGCUAUCCCCAAUCUGGGCAACACCAGCCAGCAAGAGUACAAAGUUUCUUCAGUGCCAAACACUUCCCAGAGUUACGCCAAAGUUAUUAAGGAGCACGGUACUGACUUUUUCGAUAAGGAUGGAGUAAUGAAGGACAUCAGGGCUAUUUAUCAGGUGUAUAAUGCGCUUCAGGAAAAAGUUCAGGCAGUGUGUAUAGAUGUAGAGAAGAGCGAGCGAAUGGUUGAAUCUUUUCAGGCAGAGGUGAACAAAUUAAAAAGACAAAUCACUCAGAGGAAAAAUGAAAAGGAGCAAGAAAUAAGGUUGCAGCAGGCCCUGUUAAACAGGCACUUGUCUGUAGAGACUUCGGAGCCGGGGUUCAGUGCGCGGCUGCCAUAUUCGGGCUUUGAGGUGGAAGGCAGAGCCCUCACAGAUGCCGAACCCUCCGACCCUCCCCCUCCUUACUCAGACUUUAACCCCGCCUGUCAAGAGAGCACUUUGGGCCAUUCUCUCCUGGAGAGCGGUGCCUUCAUGCCCCGACCCCAAGCUGUGGGCUCUUCCAGUUUUGUUUCCACAAAUGCAGGAUUGAAGUAUUCUGGAAAUGGAGCGGCCCUGCCUCUGUCCCAAAGAGCGGCAGGAGACACUGGGGAUGACUCGGAAGACAGCGAUUACGGCCCCGUGGGGCCCUCUCCCAGUGAAUACUCACACACAAGGGGCUCCCGGCCUCCCACACAUCCUGACGGAGACUCCAGGAACACUCAGACCUCUCAGAUAUGAUGGGACAGACAGAUUCUCACUGUAGCGCUGGUUUUCUUAACUGUUGUCGAAAGUCUUUUGGGGGACUUAAUUUCAGAGGCAAAAAAACUGCUUUGCAGAAAUGGAGACUCCUUGAGGAGGCUUCUUGUGCACAGAAGGCGCGCAUAGACUUGCCCUAGAUGACUUUACCUGCCUUGUGAUACAGUUUGCAAGUUUCAUAAUGGAAUCAUUAGGAUAAUCAAGUUGUACUAAUACUGAUGAGAUCCAUGGAUGUCUUGGUCAAUUAGGCAAAGUGAAAUUUAUAGAAACCUUUUAGUUUUGGUUGCCGUAUUUUCAUUAAAAUAAAUUGGGAAUUGGAGACUAAGCACAAUUAGUCUAUAAAUGUCCUAUAAAAAUCAAAAACUUACCUCUUGCACUAUCAUGCCUUGAAAUUUAGUUUUCGAAAGGGAAGCAGGUUCAGCAGUAGCCUUCGAAAAAACUUUCUACGAUGAGCCAAAUCAUUCUUUGCCAGAAAAGAAAUUUUGAUAAUUCUCAGAAGCCUGAUUGGAACACAUCGGAUGUACCUUCUCCUAGCUGCAUGCCCUUUUGAGGUCAAAAGGGAAGGGUUUUGUUUCAACUUUUUUACUAGCCUGAUGUGUGUUUCACUUAAAAUGGUUGCCUUUUUAUGUAGGAAUACUAAUUCUCAGUAAACAAUCACCCAUGGAAGUAGGUCCUAGAGUUCUUGGUGUGCCGGGUUGGUGCUCCGGGGACGAGGCCGCUCACGAUCCUUGGCCUGAAGAUGGCGGGCACACGAGUACAAGGGAAGAGCCUUGGGCAUCUUACCUGGGUUUUAUAAUGAACAGAUUCCAAAUGUGAUUUUUUUUUCAAAGAUUAUGUAUAAAGGAGGUAAUUGAUUCAUACCUUCAGAUGAAAAUAUCAAUGUAGUUUUAUGUAAGGACUAUAGGAGAAGGGUCUAUAAUGGAACCGGAUCUCUUUGGUUAUCUUGGUGAUUAAAGAUUUGUUUGACAUUUGAAGAAUAGUACUUAUAAGGGAUAAAAGUUGCCAUUUGGAGACUAAGUGGGGUGUGUGUGUGUGUGUGUGUGUGUAUGUGUGUGUGUGUGUGUGUGUGUAUGUGAGAAUUUUUCUAUUGGGAUGCACUUAGGCUAUUAUUUAAUUACUGCUUAUCUUCUCAUUUUGCCCAAAAGAUGUGAAAUGGGGCCCCUGAAUUCCCAGGGGCUUUUUGGUUCUGAGCUUGCAAAUGACAAAACCCGCCAUUAGCUGUGAGGUGAGCGCCUGUGUUGGAUGCUUUGAAACAUAACUGCCUUUCCUUUGACCUCCACCAAACCUACAGGAGCAAAGACGUCGCUAGAAAGACUUUUAAAAGUGGAAGCUCCCAAGCGGUCAUCUGGUUCUCUGGGCCAUCUCCUCUGCCAACGAGACGACGGUGGCCUGCAGAGGGAAGGGCCCAGCUCGUGCUUCUGAGUCCCCCUUCCCGUUGAACGGUCUCCAGUUUGUCGAGGCUGCAUUUUCUGUCCGCCUUAACAUGACUGCAGUUCGGCUUGGAAUAUUGCGGGCCGUUUUCAGACAGACUUGCUCGGUUUCAGUGUCUGCUCUCCUCAGACAGCUCUGGGCUGAUGCCAUGAGGGGAGACGUGCUGCCACCCUCCCCUCGGGUCACUUGUCUUCACCAUAGGAAACAGUCUUCAAUGUACGCCUGACAAAGCCGUGAAUGUGACAAUAAAGCCUAUUGAAUCCUGUA